ACUUGAACGUAACGCGUGCCCAAGUAACGAGGAAAUAAACACAUUAUCCAGUGUCAUUCAAGCAAAAGCACCGGAGCUUAUCAAUGUGUAAUUAAGUAAACAAAUAGUCAUUGCUUUCUCUUUGGUUUGUAUUGAUGGCAGCGAUCACCAUAGCAACCGCUCAACUCUUGGCAAUUUUGUUCUUGUUGGUGAGCUUACAAAAUGCAGCCAAAAUUCCUCGUCCACAAUUCCGCACCAUGUAUGAAAAGCCAACCAACAAAACAAUGGAUCAGGUCAUCGCUGAGACAAUGGGAGGCAUUGAUAUGGCCUCCAAUAUGAUCCUGGAUGAUGACGGAAAGAUCCUAGCAGAACUGGAUAUGUACCUGUCCCAGGAACAGUUCCUUGCUAUGUACGAGCCCCCAUCUGCUAAAGAAAUGUAUAAAAUGGGCUUGAUGUCUGCUCCUGUUGGCGCUGUCAUGGAUGAUACGUACUUCUCCAAAGUCAACGAGAAAACUCGACAGAAGAGAAAAGCAGUCAGGCGGACGAAGCUGAGAUGGACGAACAACGUCAUUCCCUACAUUUUCCUGGCCACUCAUUUUGAAACCAAAGAAGAGUACAUGAUCAGACGAGCCAUGACCGAGUGGGAGAGAUACACCUGCAUGAAGUUCAGACCAGCGACAUCACAGGACAAAAAUGUCGUACGAUUUCAAGGAGGCGGAGGAUGUAACUCUCAACUUGGUAUGAUUGGUGGAACUCAAGAUCUGAACUUGGAAUAUCCCGGAUGUAGAUUUAAGGGACUGUAUCUCCAUGAGAUUGGUCACGCCAUCGGCCUGGUCCACGAGCACCAACUUCCCAACAGAGAUGACUACAUCAGCAUCAUCUAUGAGAACGCCUUGCCCAGGAUGAGACUCUGGUUCAACAAGUACACCACCAAGAUCGUGGACCAGAUGAGCGUGCCUUACGAGUACUCAUCCAUUAUGCACUACAGCCUCACGGCGUUCUCUGUGGAUGGCAAGAAACGAACUAUUGCCGUGACCAAACCAGAGGGAGAGGAUGACAUUGGGGAGACACACUUGAAGGAACUCUCCUACACAGAUGUUCUUAUAGUCAACCUCAUGUACAACUGCUCCAGUCACUGCCCCCAGCCCGACAAAUGUGGAAGCGAAGGUCAUCUUGACCAGAACUGUGAAUGUAUCUGUAAAGAUGGCAGCUCGGACUGCGACACAACUAAACCAAACAAAGCCCAGCAGUGCGCUAAUGACUACAACAGUUGGAAGUGUUACGUCUGGGCCAACCAGGGGGAGUGCGAACGAAACGGGGCCUUCAUGACCAGAUAUUGCCGGAAGGCCUGUGGCCAAUGUGAUCCACAGGGACCAAACACCAGAGGAGCGAAAGACAGACGCCAUAGAUCUAGAAUGUGGUCGUGGGCUUGGUUUCCCUUACUGACCAAAGUUCUACCUAAACAGCUGGUACCAAGAGACUCCUGCAAAGAUUUGUUCUCCACCAAGUGCGCCACGUGGAAAGAGAGGGGCGAUUGCCUGACCAACGCAGCAUGGAUGAAGAGAAACUGCCCUGCCACAUGUGGCUUGUGUGGAAACUCAUCAGCACGGCCUGAAGUGAGCUGUCAAAACCAGAACCAGGAUCCCUAUAAGUGCGAGGACCUGGCCAGGUUUGGAGAGUGCACCGUGAACGCCAAGUGGAUGUUCAACAACUGCAGAAAGUCCUGUGCCAUGUGCCUGAUGAAAGAGGAGGACCUGGUGGGCACCAACAAAGGCGUGGAAGAAGAAAUACUGACCUGUGAGGACCUAUACAGUGACUGUCCCAUGUGGGCCUCACUGGGGGAGUGCUUAAGGAAUCCAAGAGCCAUGAUCAAAGACUGCAGGAAGGCGUGUGGCAAGUGUGAGGAUGGAACCUGCAAGAAUCUAUUUGAUGAUGACCAAUGUGAAGCUUGGGCUAAAGACCUAGAGUGCAUCCUUAACUAUGUCGGAAUGGGCAGACACUGUGCCAAGGCCUGUGGACGAGGACCUUGCGAGGGCAAGACAAAUCAGACACUCUUCACUUCCAGACCAAGUGUAACAGACAAAUCAAAACAGACUUCAGUAACACUGAAACCAACAACAUCUACCCCUGCAGUGGCAUGUAUCAACCUGCACAAGUCAAACACUGAGUGCGAGGGAUGGGCUAAACAUGAUCAGUGUAAGAUCAACCCAAGAUGGAUGCAUAAAAACUGUUACAAGUCCUGUUCAGGGUGCACAGGUAGCGGUGGAGUUGUUACAACAACAUCAGGACCAACCAAAACUGGUCUCAGUGAGAAGUGUGAAGAUUUGAAUGCAGAUUGUCCAAACUGGGCCAAGUAUGGAUCAUGUGACAGUAACCCUACCUAUAGUCUGAAGUAUUGUAAGAAAUCCUGCAACAACUGCAAUAGUUGCCAAGAUACAGAGGUACUGUGUUCAGUCUGGGCCAAGGACGGCCACUGCCAGAGAAAUCCAAACUUUAUGAUGAGGAGCUGUCAGAGAUCUUGCCAGUCUUGCCCCCUGUCGUCUGAUGUGGUUAAAGUUCCUGGAAAUGAAUCCGCAGCUAAAUUAAUGAUGUCACUCUAUCUGUGUAUUUUCUCAUUUAUUUUGUUUGUAUUUUGCAAAUAAUUUAAAAUUGAAGUUUUUAUAGUCAGACCACAAAGUGUACGAAUUAUAUUUUGUAAAAUUCAUACAUGAACUAAAGAAAAUAUGUUACCGUAACAUAACAUAACUCGAAUAUAUAUAUAUUUAAACAAGUAGGGAUUAUAAGUCUCUUUGGGGACAUAUACUAGACAAGAGCUAGUAACAAGUUGCGGGCACUAUAGCGUGCGGUAAAUUUAUAUUACUGAAUACCAGGAAUGAGUAUGCGUGACUAAUACCAGAGUGGGCACUCUAAAUUAUUACAUAGAUCUCUCAGGCGGAUUGAAAGUUAUUUUUUCCUGAAAUUGAUGCAGUUCCCAGACAAGGGUUCACUUUUGUUUUCCACUUCUGUUAGUAUCUAAAACAUCAAAUCUAGUCUGGUACACUUUGUGUUACACGCUCGAUCUUUUUUCUUCCUAACAAAUAAACUCUUGUCAUUCUCUCCCUUGUACUAACCCAGAAAAUAAAAUUUGUGGUCAUUCUCUCCCUUGUUCUAAACCAGAAAAUAAAAUUUGUGGUCAUUCUCUCCCUUGUACUAACCCAGAAAAUAAAAUUUGUGGACAUUCUCUCCCUUGUACUAACCCAGAAAAUAAAAUUUGUGGUCAUUCUCUCCCUUGUUCUAACCCACAAAAAUAAAAUUUGUGGUCAUUCUCUCCCUUGUUCUAACCCAUAAAUAAAACCCCUGAAGUCUUUCUUUCCCUUGUUGUCACCAACGGUGUAUUAAUUUUUGCUUUGUUUUAAGUGUGUCUGAAUAUUGAUUUGUAAUAUGAAAAAUAAUUUAAAUUUUUUUUUUUUAAUGGUAACGGCCUUGACCACGUAACUCACAUUCUGUCAUAGUAAAGUCAGUACUUAUUGAUUGUUUCAUUGGUGUAUCUGAUUGUUUUUUUAUUCUUUUAAAGACCUGACGAGUGAUGACAUUUUUAACAUACAAAAGAUUUAGUGAUUUUAAUUUUAAAUAAUUGAACUAUGGGAAAAACAAAAACUCCUUCUUCUUCUUCGUUCAGAUCAGUAAUCCUAUAUCAGAGAUGAACUGCGCAGUGGUUUCCAUAUCAGGCAGUUCUCCAAAUAUUUUUUUUUCUACGGAGAGUUUUGGGGACAGAGUCUUGUUCGGGCCUCUUGAUGUAUUAUGCAGCUUUGAAGGGUACGGUCAGCAUUCUCUGGUGAUGCUCCACAAGGGCAAGUUUCGCUAGUCCCGACUUUUAGCUUCCGGAACAUAUGUUGUUUCAUUCUGUUGUGUCCGGUUCUGAGUCGAAAAUUGUGUGUUGUUUAUGUCGAGAUAGCUUAUAGUAGGGAUCCUUUUUCUUGUAAUGGGCAUUUUGAUCACUUUUCAAAAGUUUUAGGCGACAAAAUAUGGUGAGUCCAGAGCCAGUGAAAGACAUAAAACAACCCCAGCUCAGGUCUACUAGCUAUUGAGCUGACUUGGAAUCACAUUUUAUUUUAACUUUAAGAGUAAAAAAAUAUUGGAUGUCGAGACUUUCGACAGGUUGGAGAGUUAGGAGUUGGUAGUGUGGAAUGAGGGCGGUGGUGGUUAUGAGGUCAAAAAUGUCUAUAAACGUUGUAUCAGUAAGUUACAAGUUGUCUUUCUUGACAGGAAUGUUUUAAUGUUCCUCUCACUAUUUAAUGCAAACAUCUUUAUAUUUGUUCCGUACGUUUUUGAUAUGAUUUAUUUUGUAUUUAUAUUUUUACAUUUUGUAUUAAGUUUUUUUUUUCUUUACUAAAUACGUAUUAGAACAAAUCACUGAUCAAUAAAUACAACUACAUAACAUGAACAAAUAUGUCGGUUUUAAUUAUACAAAUAAAAUUAAUUGAUUUUUA